AUGGUUGCCCACGACGAUCGAAGAAGGUCUUCAACUAGGAGAUCAUCGGAACAAAGUCGAUAUUUGUUGAGGAGCAAAAUGAGCAAGGAUUCGAAGACAACACCGCGAUCUUUGCGUGCAAGUGGCAAGAACCGAGUUCCUGCUGGAAGUACUCCGCGACGGACGACUACCGUCACCUUUCAAGGUACAAUUACGCCAUGGCUCGCCGCUCCGCCAUUGUUCACAUCCACACCACGAAGGCCUCCCACGCCAUAUCCUCGAAAAAAGUCGAGGAAAAAGCCCACUGUACAACCUCGUGGAAUAACUAAAGCCGAUAUUCGCCGUGUUUGUCGUAAAGCAGGUGUGCCCCGCAUUGGAAGAGGCGUUCAUGAGGAAGUCCAACAAUUGCUGGAGAAUUUCCUGCAAAAAGUUAUUGCUGAUGUAGCAAUCCUCUGUGACUACUAUAAGCGUAAAACUGUUCUUGUAGAAGAUAUACAUCAAGCGCUUCAGCGCCAAGGACGCCGUUUAUACGGAGUGGGCGAGUUCGAUGGGUAUUGA